AUGGAUCGUUACCGUGGUGAUCUAGCCUUUGCUCGUGACAAAGAUGGGAUCACAGCUCUUCUUCAUCUGUUAGUGAAGUUACCCUUUUCGUUCAGGAGCGGGACAUAUUACUCAGAAAUAAAGUCGGUUGUGUUUGUUGGGUUUGGCAGCGAGUGCAAGCUGAGUACAGAUCAGGUGUAUGAGAUAGCCCAUGAGCUUAAGCUUUCGGGGCUUCCCUUUCUGUGGGCCUUAAGGAAGCCCACGUGGACAGUCGACGAGGAUGAUGCAUUGCCACCGGAAUUCAGAACCCGCAACAAGGGGCAAGGUGUAGUGUGUUUGGGCUGGGCUUCUCAAAUGGAAAUUCUGGCCCAGCCUUCGGUGGGCGGGUCAUUGUUUCAUUCCGGGUUGGGGUCCAUAAUAGAGACCCGACAAUUCGGUCACACCUUAGUGGUCCUGCCGAUUGUGAUAGACCAGGCCUUGAACGAUAGGCUGCUUGUCGAGAAAGGUUUGGCCGUGGAAGUAGAGAGGGGAGAAGACAGGUCGUUCGAUCGGAAAGGCAUCACCAAGGCCCUGAGGAAGAGCAUGGUGGAUGAAGAAGGUGAGGGGGUGAGAGUUAGAGCGAGGGAGAUGAGGACCAUCUUUGGUGAUCACGGGCUCCAUCAAGCAUACAUGGAUGGGUUCAUCCAAUAUCUCAAGAAGAAAGACCAGAAAGAGGAAACUCGUUAA